GACAAGAUACAUUUAUGCACGAUAGCGCACGCGCGCAGCCGGUUUGGGUUUGGUGUAAGGCACUACAUCUCAGUGCUAGAGGCGACACGACAGUUCGAAUCCAGCUGUGAUUGGGGGUCCCAUAGGGUGGCGCAUAAUACGCUCAAUGUCGUCCGGGUUUGGCCGUCAUUGUAAAUAAGAAUUUGUUCUUAAUUGACUUGCCUAGGGAAAAAAAGGAAAAAAGCUUGUGUUGACAUCGGCAAAUGCUUUUUUGACAUUGCACAUUUUAUUCAGGCAGAAAAAUGUAUGUAAACGGAGCUCAAUUGAUUUAAUUGUUACUGUCAAUGACUACUAUCAACAAGGAUCCCUCAUUAUCUUAUUUUACUACGUGUAAUAAUGCUGUUCUAUAAUAACUUGUACACCCAUCCCCCACGUCGACAUACUUCGCCCACAUUCUUCUCUGCAAUGGGGCCUAGACUGGGCAUGCGUUGAUUUUCCAGUCGUUCAUGGGGGAUGAACGUGUAGGGGGGGCGCUCUUGUAUCACGGUUGCUGUAGUGAAGGCCGUUCCUUGGCGAUACAAUCAGACGAGAAGUGGGGGUGGUGAGAGAAAAAAAGCUAACAGGCUAGGUCGCUCUUUGUUUCUGGCUAGCGUUGGAAAUCGAAGGGACCUAUCGGCGAAGGGUGAUUUCAAUAGUGGUGCUUGGUGCUGUCACAUUCUCAGACUCAGCUGAGAGAUGUCCACCCCAGACCCCCCCAUGGGAGGGACGCCUCGGCCGGGCCCCUCCCCAGGACCAGGGCCUUCUCCAGGAGCAAUGAUGGGCCCCAGCCCUUCCCCGGGCUCUGCUCAUAGCAUGAUGGGACCCAGCCCAGGUCCCCCAGCCUCUGGGCACUCCCACCCACAACAGGGGCCCUCAGUAUAUCCUCAGGAGAAUAUGCAUCAGAUGCACAAACCUAUGGAAGGCAUGCAUGAGAAGGGCAUGUCUGAUGACCCUCGCUAUGGACCGAUGAAGAGCAUGGGCAUGAGACCAGGUGGAGGCCACAUUGGAAUGGGACCCCCUCCUAGCCCCAUGGACCAACAUUCCCAAGGCUACCCCUCUCCACUGGGGGGUUCUGAGCACUCUCCCAGCCCCGUGCCAGCCAACGGCCCUCCCCCCGGCCCCAUGAUGCCCUCUGGCCCAGGUGUCCCCAUGGAGGGAGGUGACCCCCAGGCCAUGGGCCAGCAGAACCGCGUUGGGGUACCAGGUUCGAGUGGUGGUUCUGGGCCAGGCGGUGUUGGGCCAGGUGGACCCACCCCCUUCAACCAAAACCAGCUACACCAGCUCAGGGCCCAGAUCAUGGCCUACAAGAUGCUGACUCGCAGCCAGCCCCUGCCAGACCACCUGCAGAUGGCCGUGCAGGGCAAGAGGCCCAUGCCAGGGAUGCAGCAGCAGCCAGGGAUGCCCAACAUGCCCCCUUCCUCUGGGCCUGGAGCGGGGCCUGGACAGCCACCAGCAAACUACAACAGACCUCAUGGAAUGGUAGGCCCAAACAUGCCUCCUCCAGGACCCUCAGGUGUUCCCCCUGGUAUGCAGGGCCAGCCCACCAAUGGACCCCCUAAACAAUGGCCCGAAGGGCCCAUGGUGAAUGCUGCUGCUCCAUCCAGUGCCCCCCAGAAGCUGAUUCCCCCUCAGCCCACUGGGAGACCCUCCCCUGCUCCCCCCUCCGUGCCCCCUGCUGCCUCCCCGGUCAUGCCCCCUCAGACCCAGUCACCCGGGCAGCCCCCCCAGCCCCCACCCAUGGUGCUGCACCAGAAACAGAACCGCAUCACACCCAUCCAGAAGCCCCGUGGCCUGGACCCAGUAGAGAUCCUCCAGGAGAGAGAGUACAGGCUGCAGGCUCGUAUCACCCACCGUAUCCAGGAGCUGGAGCAUCUACCAGGGUCUCUGGCCGGAGACCUGCGUACCAAAGCCAACAUCGAGCUAAAGGCCCUGAGGCUGCUAAAUUUCCAGAGACAGCUGCGUCAGGAGGUAGUGGUGUGUAUGCGUCGUGACACGGCCCUGGAGACGGCCCUCAACGCUAAGGCCUACAAGCGCAGCAAGCGGCAGUCCCUCCGUGAGGCCCGCAUCACAGAGAAACUGGAGAAGCAACAGAAGAUUGAACAGGAGCGCAAACGACGCCAGAAACACCAGGAAUACCUUAACAGCAUCCUGCAGCAUGCUAAAGACUUCAAGGAGUACCACCGCUCCAUCACAGCCAAGCUCCAGAAGGCCACCAAAGCUGUGGCCACGUACCACGCCAACACUGAGCGCGAGCAGAAGAAGGAGAACGAGCGCAUUGAGAAGGAGAGAAUGAGGAGGCUGAUGGCGGAAGAUGAGGAGGGCUACCGUAAGCUGAUUGACCAGAAGAAAGACAAGCGCCUGGCCUACCUGCUGCAGCAGACAGACGAGUACGUGGCCAACCUCACCGAUCUGGUCAGAGCCCACAAGGCUGAUCAGGCCCUCAAGGAUAAGAAGAAGAAGAAAAAGAAGAAGAAGAAGAAGAAGCCAGAGAGUGGGGAGGGCCAGCCUCCUGCCCUGGGACCCGACGGAGAGCCUCUGGAUGAGACCAGUCAGAUGAGUGACCUGCCUGUGAAGGUGAUCCAUGUAGAUAGUGGGAAGAUCCUGACGGGGCUGGAUGCGCCCCGGGCUGGCCAGCUGGACACCUGGCUGGAGAUGAACCCUGGGUAUGAAGUGGCCCCUCGUUCAGACAGUGAGGACAGUGGCUCAGAGGAAGAGGAGGAGGAAGAGGUGGAGCCCCAGCCCUCCCAGGCUCCCACUGAGGAGAAAAAGAAGAUCCCAGACCCCGACACAGAGGACGUGUCGGAGGUCGACGUCCGCUACAUCAUCGAGGGAGCCAAGCAGGAUGUGGAUGAUGAGUAUAACAGUGCCGAGGCAGCGUUCGCCCGAGGCCUGCAGUCAUACUAUGCUGUGGCCCACGCCGUCACUGAGACGGUGGACAAACAGUCCACGCUGCUGGUCAACGGGCAGCUCAAACAUUACCAGAUCAAGGGCUUGGAGUGGCUGGUGUCUCUGUACAACAACAACCUGAAUGGGAUCCUGGCUGAUGAGAUGGGUCUGGGCAAGACCAUCCAGACCAUCGGCCUCAUCACCUACCUCAUGGAGCACAAGCGCAUCAACGGCCCCUUCCUCAUCAUCGUGCCCCUCUCAACUCUGUCCAACUGGGUGUAUGAGUUUGAUAAGUGGGCUCCAACGGUGGUGAAAGUCUCUUACAAAGGCUCCCCACAGGCUCGCCGGGCAUUCCUCCCCAUCCUGCGCAGCGGCAAGUUCAACGUACUGCUCACCACCUACGAGUACAUCAUCAAAGACAAGCAAGUGCUGGCUAAGCUGCGAUGGAAGUACAUGAUAGUGGACGAGGGCCACCGUAUGAAAAACCACCACUGUAAGCUGACUGUGGUUCUGAACACCCACUACCUGGCCCCGCGGCGUCUGCUGCUGACCGGCACCCCGCUGCAGAACAAGCUGCCGGAGCUCUGGGCCCUGCUCAACUUCCUGCUGCCGACUAUCUUCAAGUCCUGCACUACCUUUGAGCAGUGGUUCAACGCCCCCUUCGCCAUGACCGGAGAGAAGGUGGAUCUGAACGAGGAAGAGACCAUCCUGAUUAUUCGUCGUUUGCACAAAGUACUCCGCCCCUUCCUGCUGCGCAGACUGAAAAAGGAAGUGGAGUCCCAGCUGCCUGAGAAGGUGGAGUAUGUGAUCAAGUGUGACAUGUCGGCCCUGCAGAGAGUGCUGUACAGACACAUGCAGGCUAAGGGUGUGCUGCUCACCGACGGCUCUGAGAAAGACAAGAAGGGUAAAGGAGGCACCAAGACCCUGAUGAACACCAUCAUGCAGCUGAGGAAGAUCUGUAACCAUCCCUACAUGUUCCAGCAGAUCGAGGAGUCCUUCUCUGAGCAUUUGGGAUUCACUGGAGGCGUAGUGUCUGGACCUGACCUGUACCGCGCCGCUGGGAAGUUUGAGCUGCUAGACCGUAUCCUGCCCAAGCUGAUGGUCACCGACCACAAGGUCCUGCUCUUCUGUCAGAUGACUUCCACCAUGACCAUCAUGGAGGACUACUUUGGCUGGCGCAACUUUAAGUACCUGCGUCUGGACGGAACCACUAAGGCUGAGGAUCGUGGGAUGCUUUUGAAGACCUUCAAUGACCCCGCCUCUCAGUACUUUGUGUUCCUGCUCAGCACCAGGGCCGGCGGGCUCGGCCUCAACCUUCAGUCUGCUGACACUGUGGUCAUCUUUGACUCCGACUGGAACCCACAUCAGGAUCUGCAAGCCCAGGACAGAGCCCACCGUAUCGGGCAGCGGAACGAGGUGCGUGUGUUGCGUCUCUGCACCGUUCAAAGUGUGGAGGAGAAGAUCCUGGCGGCGGCCAAGUACAAGCUGAACGUGGACCAGAAGGUCAUCCAGGCCGGCAUGUUUGACCAGAAGUCGUCGAGUCACGAGCGCCGUGCCUUCCUGCAGGCCAUCCUGGAGCAUGAGGAACAGGACGAGGUCGGGGCCCCGGGGGGCUGGCGCGCUGGGGGGGCGUUGGAGGAGGACGAGGUGCCUGAUGAUGAGACCGUCAACCAGAUGAUUGCCAGGAGCGAGGAGGAGUUUGACCAGUUCAUGCGUAUGGACCUGGACCGGCGCCGCGAGGACGCCCGCAACCCCAAGAGAAAGCCCCGUCUGAUGGAGGAUGACGAGCUGCCCACCUGGAUCCUGAAGGAUGAUGCCGAGGUGGAGAGGCUCACCUGUGAGGAGGAGGAGGAGAAGAUGUUUGGUCGCGGCUCUCGCCAGCGCAAGGAGGUGGACUACAGCGACUCACUCACAGAGAAGCAGUGGCUCAAGGCCAUAGAGGACGGUAAUCUGGAGGACCUCGAGGAGGAGGUGCGUCACAAGAAGACGACCCGGAAGCGCAAGCGAGACCGCGACGACAUGCCCGGCCCGGCCACGCCCAGCUCCAGCGGUGGUGGCGGAGGUCGCAGCCGUGACAAGGACGAGGAGGUCAAGAAGGCCAAGAAACGCGGGCGCCCUCCGGCUGAAAAACUGUCCCCUAACCCCCCAUCCCUCACCAAGAAGAUGAAGAAGGUGGUGGACACUGUCAUCAAGUACAAGGACGGCAGCAAUGGGCGCCAGCUGAGUGAAGUCUUCAUCCAGCUGCCCUCCCGCAAGGAGCUGCCUGAGUACUAUGAGCUCAUCCGCAAGCCUGUCGACUUCAGGAAGAUUAAGGAGAGGAUCCGCAGCCAUAAGUACCGCAGCCUGAAUGACCUGGAGAAGGAUGUGAUGCUGCUGUGUAGUAACGCUCAGACCUUCAACCUGGAGGGCUCUCUGAUCUAUGAGGACUCCAUCGUACUGCAGUCAGUCUUCACCAGUGUCAGGCAGAAGAUUGAAAAGGAGAAGGAAGAGGAGAGUGAGGGAGAGGACAGUGAGGAGGAAGAAGAGGAGGAGGUGGACGAAGGCUCAGAGUCUGAAUCUCGUUCAGUGAAGGUGAAGAUUAAGCUGGGGAGGAAGGAGAAGGAGGGCAGAGGGAAGGGCCAGCGCCGGAGGGGCCGUGGCUCCCGGGCCAAACCUGUAGUGAGUGACGACGACAGCGAGGAGGAACAGGAGGAGGCGGGUUCGGCCAGCGGCAGUGAGGAGAACUGAACUGAACCACUCCUGUUCUGCGAGGACCAACGGCCCACUGAGACCCUCGACUGGAACUUAUAUAUUUUACCUAGAUUCUAUAGCAGGGAGACAAGCCAGUGGAGAGGGGCCUAGUUUUAGCUAGAUGAGCUGAUUUUUAGUGAGACAAAUGUAUUCCAUAAUUAAAAUACACCAUCAAUUAAAAAAAUUAAAAAAUGAUAGGAGAAAAAAAAAACACCUACAUAUUUAAGCAAUCCUGGUAUGAAUAGCUGGACUGUAUGUCUUUUUGCCUUGUUGUUUUCUCCUGAAAGUGAUUUAAGGUGGACAGGGUUUGAUUAGCAGACUGUUCGUGGACCACAGGGAGAGAGUGCUGACUUUUUAAGUGAGUUUGUUUUGUCGUUUUGUUUCCUUUGAGAUGGAGCUGUGUGACCGGAGUCGCUGUGGUUUCUAAGUCCCCUGAAUGCAUGUCGUUUGGUCUGUGGAAAUACACCUGGGUGUGUCGUUCUAUUAUAUCUCUGUUUAAUUUAAGAAUACAAGUGAGAUAAACGGUACGUUCCCCCUUAGGCCUUCCUCCGGCUACGAGUGAGAAGGGAAGGGCGGGACUCUGUCUCACGUCUGUGUCACUGGAUUCCAAAAAGUACAAUAAAGGCGUCUCGUAAUUAAA